AUGAUGAAGGAUGCCUCGAAUGGCUCUGGUCAGUCUGUACCACUCAUGACAGCCUGGAAUACCGAAUCACAAAUUCAUCUUAUCAUUGGCGCAAAUCCUCUGGCGGCGGCGAGAUGUACGAAGAGCCUUGAGGCCGGCGCCACCCCGAUUCUCAUUGCGCCAGAAACUGCAGAUUUGCACUUUACUCUGUCAGAAUACAUUUCCAAGGGAUCUGUACAAUGGCAGCGUCGCGAGUUUCAGGACAGUGAUUUGACUAGUUUGGGAAGAGAGGAAGUGGACCGCGUGGUCGACAUGGUCUUCGUUACCUUGGGUGGCAAGCAUACCUCGAGUAAGUCCCCAUCUACGCUUGCACUCCAUAAGCAGGAUAAGGCUAAUCCCAUUUUACCAGGCCCGCAUAUCUCAACAUUAUGCCGCCGUCUUCGAAUCCCUGUCAAUGUGUCCGAUGCCCCCGAGCUCUGCUCAUUCAGCCUUCUCUCUACCUACUCCGAUGGGCCGCUUCAUAUUGGAAUUACAACAUCGGGACGUGGAUGCAAACUCGCAUCAAGACUUCGACGUGAAAUUGCAGCUUUCCUCCCUGCAAACCUUGGAUCUGCAAUUGAUCGACUAGGUUCCGUGCGUCGGCAAUUGUGGGAAGAAGACAACGCAGCAGGACUGGGCGAAUCGGCUCUGGAGGGAGAUGAUGACGAUGCAGCUGGUCAAAAUCAUCACUUCAAUUCACUAGUCACGGAGGGUGAUGUUGCCGCUGCUAAGACUAGACGUAUGCGCUGGCUUUCGCAGAUCUGCGAGUACUGGCCACUACGCAAACUUGUCUCCAUCACCGAUUCCGAUAUCGAUGCUAUUCUGAAAGCGUACACUAGUGGAAGGAACGAUACUUCCGAUGUCAAUGGUGUCAACGGUGUUGCCACAAUUACGAAGAAAGGAAAGAUUGUGCUCGCUGGAUCCGGCCCUGGUCACCCUGACCUACUGACUCGCGCUACAUAUAACGCCAUUCAAAAUGCGGAUAUCAUCCUGGCUGAUAAAUUGGUCCCGGCUCCGGUUUUGGACUUGAUUCCUCGUCGCACCGAGGUCCACAUCGCCCGCAAGUUUCCCGGUAACGCCGAUCAGGCCCAGGAGGAGUUCUUGCAGAUGGGUCUUGCCUCUUUGAAAAAGGGCCAGCAAGUGCUUCGCCUGAAACAGGGAGAUCCGUACCUCUAUGGACGAGGAGCAGAGGAGUUUGAAUUCUUCCGAAAUGAAGGAUUCAUUCCUGUGGUUCUGCCCGGUAUCACCAGCGCCAUGAGCGCUUCUCUUUUCGCCGAUAUCCCGGCCACUCACCGGGGUGUCUCUGACCAGGUUUUGGUCUGCACGGGGACUGGCAGGAAAGGCGCUGCGCCGAACCCACCAGCCUAUGUUCCCACGCAAACUGUUGUCUUCUUGAUGGCUCUUCACAGGCUGUCUGCUCUUAUCGAGUCGCUCACCACAUUCCCUGCUGAAGACUCCGAGCGAUCUCGAGCGCUUUGGCCGAAGGAUACCCCUUGCGCUAUCGUUGAGCGCGCAUCUUGCCCCGAUCAGAGGGUUAUCCGCUCGACGUUGGAGAAUAUCUGUCUGGCCUUUGAAGAGGCGGGUUCCCGGCCGCCUGGUUUGUUGGUUGUUGGGGCAAGCUGCCACGUUCUACAUAGCCCUCAGGAUGGACAGAAGUGGGCUAUUGAAGAAGGAUUCCAUGGGCUUGAAGAGCUUCAUGGAGAGGUGGAGGCUGCAUUGGAGAAAUGA